UUUUUUCCCUGCUCUGCUAGGUGGAGUGCAAGUGUUUGGGAGUAGAUCAAGUUAGAACAGAACAGAAGAAGCAAGAUGAUGUCUGCUUCGAACGAAAACGACGACACGCCGCUCUGAAAAAUAUUUGACUUUCAGAGUAUUCGGAUGCGGAUAUUUUGACGGACAAGUUGAAGACGUCUGUCCGCCAUGGCUUCGUCCGGAAGGUCAUGUCCCUGGUGGGAGUCCGGUUACUGGCCACAGCUGCGAUCGCUUUUCCCUUCGUGGCGUAUGUUAAGAAUGGUUGAUAAAGUUCCAUCUUUCCCAGUUAACUUAACUCCGCCACAAUAUAUUCAGAAUGGUUGAUAUAAUGAUGCUGAAUGAUCGAUGAGAGGGCGUUGCACCCAACAGAUUUACUGGGUGACUUUAUCCGUUUAAUGAGUGACGACAGCGAGGCUUUACUAGUAGUUUGUGGAAAUAUUGAAGAUGUGACUGUAGAGCUUUGAUUAAGUUGGCAAAUGCUUGCUGGUUGAUUCAGCGCCUUCGAAUAUUUGAGAAGGCACCGGGGUGGAAUAUUGAGGAAAGUUCUCAUCAUUGUCUUCCGACGAAUUUGUUUGAGACGCAAGCGCAACUUAUUAGAAUGAUGACGCUGACUACAUCUACAACGGUUGAAGCAUAUUGUUAAUGAAAGGACAACGUUUCUCAGACUUGUCUAGUCCCAACGCUUCCGCAUUCAUCCAGAACAGCCAAGUCCUUAUCACUAUCGCCAUUUUGAUUCCGAUCGCACUCAUCUGCUACAGGUGCCAAAUCCUGUCUGCACUAGCCUAACAACCGGCAUCCUAACAAUCCUACCUUAGAGUCGAGGAAAAUCCUAUAGACUUCCUCAGAAUCGUCACAGUAUCAUCUGCUGCAGGUACUAGUACUAGAAUUAAAUCCCAUCUGCAUCUUAACAUCCCAAAAGAGGUCUAUCCUCCCUUACAGCGCUCGCCACCUGUUCAUCCAUACAACCGUCACAGUGUCCUUCAGAAGUAUAGAUAGUUUACCCUUAGACCUCACGUAUUUGCUCAACACAGGUGCAACAACCUUUGUUGCUCCAUUCUUACCUGAAGUCAGCAUGUGCGACCCUUCAGUCGCCCGCUAA